AGAGGAAAUGCUGCCCCCGCAAUAGCGAAGCGCUUGUCGUCCCGCAUUCUGCUCUAGUUGUUCGCGUCCAUUUUGUAACGUGCUUAGAAGAAGGCGAUGAAAGGGAUUCUUUCACCUCGAAUUUAAAUAAGCUGUUUGGAGCAGGACAAAAUAAAUCGGACGAAAGGCGCACACUCUCCCGCGGGUUAGAGUGGCUUCUCCCGCCCAGAGUGGCCGGCCACUUCCUCAGAGUCCUUGCUGAACUCAAGCGCCCGAAAGCGUGUCUAGCAGCAACCGCCGUUCCUCUGGCAGGGAAGCGGUUGGCUACGCGCGCGCCGUGGUGGCAGAAGCCGGGAGAGGCUGCGGCGAUAGAGGGCAAGGGGAGUCGAACGCCGCCAACGCCGCCGCGGCUUUUGCUCUCCGAGCCGCCGCGGCUUUGGGACCGAGGGACGGUGCUGUCGCCGGCGGUGCGCAGCACCUGCCAGAGCUGCCUCAGGGGAGAAAAUCGCGCGGGCCGUCGUCCGACCCGUGACAUCGCCGCCGUACUUUCUGCUUUCGAGGCCGAAGCGUGAGCCCGACGAGAACCAUGGACAAGAGCGCCGUAGCCAAAAUGGGAGCGAUGGCUAGCGCCAGCGUGUGCGCCCUAGUUGGAGGGGUGGUCCUGGCGCAGUACAUCUUCACCAUCAAGAAGAAGACGGGCCGGAAGACCAAGAUUAUAGAAAUGAUGCCGGAAUUUCAGAAAAAAACUGUCCAUAUCAAGGACCCAGCAAGGGUGGAAGAAAUUAUAUGUGGCCUCAUCAAAGGAGGAGCUGCCAAACUUCAGAUCAUUACGGACUUCGAUAUGACAUUAAGUAGAUUUUCACACAAUGGCAAAAGAUGCCCAACAUGUCAUAAUGUCAUUGACAACUGCAAACUCAUAACAGAUGACUGUCGCAAAAAGUUACUCCAACUGAAAGAAAUUUAUUAUGCUAUUGAAAUUGAUCCUAGUCUUACAAUUGAAGAAAAAUACCCUUACAUGGUUGAGUGGUACAACAAAUCACAUGCUUUACUUAUUGAACAGGGAUUGCAAAAGGACAAGCUUGCUGAAAUUGUGAGAGAGUCUGAAGUUAUGCUGAAAGAAGGAUAUGAAAAUUUCUUUGACAAACUCCAUGAACAUAAUAUUCCUGUAUUCAUCUUUUCUGCUGGGAUUGGCGAUAUCUUAGAAGAGGUCAUUCAUCAAGCAGGUGUCUACCACCCCAAUGUCAAAGUAGUUUCCAACUUCAUGGAUUUUGAUGACAAUGGCAUUCUAAAAGGAUUUAAAGGAGAACUAAUUCAUGUUUACAACAAACAUGAUGGCGCUUUGAAGAAUACAGAGUACUUCAAACAGUUAAAGGACAACAGCAAUAUCAUAUUGCUUGGAGACUCUCAAGGAGAUUUAACAAUGGCAGAUGGAGUCUCAAAUGUUGAGCACAUCCUUAAGAUUGGCUAUCUCAAUGAUAAAGUUGAAGAAUUACUGGAAAAAUAUAUGGACUCCUAUGAUAUUGUUCUGGUGAAAGACGAGUCUCUGGAUGUGGCCAACUCAAUUCUACAAAAGAUUCUGUAAUAUGCAUUGUCAUUAGCCGCUUGUUCUCCUUCUGUUGGAGACAAAUGGACAGACUGGCAUGCCUGUUUUAGACCAUUAAUAUUGAUGCUGUUUUCCACAUACUUGUCACAUUAUUUGGAAAAUAAUAUACCAUAUCCAUGAUUGUCUGGCCA